CGUUUCUCUCACAGCAAAGCACUCUACAGGCUCAGCAGCCAAACCUUCUCUCUCAAAUUCUUUCCAUCUUCGUUUGAAUUUUGUCUCUGCAAAAAAAUAAUCCAUGGCGAAGGACUCCGAGCACGGCUCAUUCUCAGCCAAGGACUACACAGACCCCCCUCCAGCUCCUCUCUUCGACUCAGUCGAGCUCACCAAGUGGUCUUUCUACCGAGCUUUAAUCGCCGAGUUCAUCGCCACCUUGCUCUUCCUCUACAUCACCGUUCUGACCGUCAUUGGCUACAAGAGCCAGACCGACCACGCUGACCCCUGCGGCGGCGUUGGCAUUCUCGGUAUCGCUUGGGCCUUCGGCGGCAUGAUCUUUGUUCUCGUCUACUGCACCGCCGGUAUCUCCGGGGGUCAUAUUAACCCGGCGGUGACUUUCGGGCUGUUUUUGGCGCGUAAAGUAUCGUUGGUGAGGGCGCUGUUGUACAUGGUGGCUCAGUGUUUGGGAGCCAUAUGUGGAGUUGGGCUGGUGAAGGCUUUCCAGAGCUCGUUCUACAAUAGAUACGGCGGUGGAGCCAACGAGCUUGGUGAGGGCUACAGCAAAGGCACCGGAUUGGGUGCCGAGAUCAUCGGAACUUUCGUCUUGGUUUACACUGUUUUCUCUGCAACCGAUCCCAAGAGAAGUGCCAGAGACUCGCAUGUCCCUAUUUUGGCACCACUGCCCAUUGGCUUCGCCGUGUUCAUGGUUCAUUUAGCUACCAUUCCGAUCACCGGUACCGGCAUCAACCCAGCUAGGAGUCUUGGGGCUGCCGUUAUUUACAACAAUGACAAGGCCUGGGAUGAUCAAUGGAUUUUCUGGGUUGGACCCUUCAUUGGCGCAGCCAUUGCCGCCUUCUACCACCAGUUCAUCUUGCGAGCAGGCGCCGUUAAGGCUCUUGGCUCAUUCAGGAGCCAAACCCACGUCUGAUUUUUAACUUAAACUCUGGCCUUCUUCACGGAUUCAGUGGAUUAAAAAGAGUGGAAGAGGGGUUAGAUGAGUGAACAAUGAGGGAAUUGUUAGUGCUUUUGGAUGGUGGGGAAUUCUUGAUUUGUGUAGAUAAAAAGUCUCUCUUUGUCAUAAAUGGGAGGUUUUUUUUUUUUUUUUAAAUAUCCAUGUUGUACUUUCAAGCACCCUUGGCCUUGCCUUGGAGUUCACUUCAAUGUUGUCUUUUCUUCUAGUUUCUAUGUGAUUAUGCUUUGAGAGAAA